CCCCGCAGGCUCCCCGCGGCGGCGCCGGCUCCGCGCGCCAUGGGCUCGGCCACGCGCUACCUCGUGUACUUCCAGUACGUGGGCACGAGUUUCAACGGGGUCGCGGCCGUCCGGGGCGCCCAGCGCGCCGUCGGGGUCCAGAACUACCUGGAGGAGGCCGUGGGGCGGCUGCACUGCGCGGCGCCGGCCACGUUCACCGUGUCCAGCCGCACGGACGCCGGGGUGCACGCGCUCUGCAACACCGCGCACCUGGACGUGCCGCGCCGGCCGGGCCGCCCUCCCCUGGCGCCGGAAGCCCUGGUCCAGGCGCUCAACAGGCACCUGACGCACCCGGCCAUCAGGGUCCUGCAGGCCUCGCUGGUGCCCAGCGACUUCCACGCUCGCCACGCUGCCACCUCCAGGACCUACCUGUACCGCCUGGCCACCGGCUGCCAUCAGUUUGCCGAGCUGCCGGUGUUUGAACGCAACCUGUGCUGGCCGCUGCGCACUGACCGCCUGGACGUGGCGGCCAUGCAGGAGGCUGCCCAGCACCUCCUCGGGACGCACGACUUCAGCGCCUUCCAGUCGGCCGGCAGCCCGGCCGGCAGCCCAGUGCGCACCCUGCGCCGCGUGUCCGUGUCCCCCGCCCCCGACAGCCCCUUCGCGCUCCCCCAGGAGAGCAGGAGGCUGCGCUUCUGGAGCUUGGAGUUUGAGAGCCAGUCGUUCCUGUACAGACAGGUACGCAGGAUGACGGCCGUGCUGGUGGCAGUGGGGCUGGGGUCGCUGACGCCCGCCCAGGUGAAGGAGAUUCUGGACAGCCGGGACCCGCUGGGCAAGCACCAGGCUCGCGUGGUCCCAGCCCACGGCUUGUUUUUGAAGUCAGUGCAGUACGGGGACCUCGGAGACCUGGGUCCUGCCCGUGGGAACCACAAGUGACCUGGACACCCGGCCAGAGCCUGGCUGCUGCACCCAGCAGGGACCCGAUGCCCUCGGCCCCCCC